CCGGACCAUGGAUGAGAUCAGCGCGAGGGCACGAUGGAUUCGGCGCGGGCAUUGCUAACGACAUUUCUCCACGCGCCAUGAGGCACAAAUCCAACGCGCCUGCCACCUAGACCCCGUCUCGCCUCGUCUCCCGCGGCAGCUCCCCAGGCGGCCCGACGCCAUGUUCAACCUCUCGAACCUGGUGCAGAAGGCGCAGCAAUUCAUCGAGCCGACGCUCACCAACAUUGCGGGCCCGGCAACGCCGACGGACCGCAGCAGGCCGAGCAAGGCGACGCUCUUCCGCCACCAGUUCCGGCUGCCCGACUCGCAGAGCCCGCUGCAGGAGAUCACGGCCGAGCUCACCCUCCAGCCCCACCAUUCGACGAGGGGCGCCGGCGACGCGACGGGCUCGGGGCCCGACAAGGAGAAGGAGAGGGACAAGGAGCGCAGCCCGGGCACGCACUAUGUGGGCAAGCUGCACCUCAGCGAGCAGUACCUGUGCUUCUCGACGCAGGGCUCGAGCUUCGUCAACACGGCCAGCCUGAGCUCGUCGAGCAGCUUCACCGGCCAGACGCACGGCGCGGGGCCGGCAGGCAAUGGCUUCACCCUGCCGCUGUGCGGGAUCCGCCGCGUCGAGCGCCUGCACAGCCAGAGCUACAUGUUCGCCCUGGCCAUCACGACCUGGAACGGCGUGCCGGACUCGAAGACGCAGGCCCCCGCCGGCCAGAAGCUGACCAUCCAGCUGGCCGGCUCGCGCCAGGUGUGCGAGCGCUUCUGCGACGCCCUGAAGAAGGGCCUGCGCGAGGGCGUCAAGGAGGUCGACAACCUGCGCCGCGUCGUCGCCCAGUGCUACACCGAGUACCUGCUCGACGACGCCAGCGAUAGGAAGACGCACGUCGAGGGCAGGCCGGAGAGGGAGCACCCGGACACCGGCCUGGGCAUCCUCUUCAGGUACCCGGGCAACGCACGCAAGCUGCGGGACGCGACCAAGAUCCGCCUGUGGCGCGAGUAUCUCAAAGCCGCAGACAACGGCCGCAGCGCCACGCUCAUCCGCCAGCCCACCUUCCACAAGCUCAUCCGCGUCGGCCUGCCCAACCGGUUGCGCGGCGAGAUGUGGGAGCUGACGUCGGGCGCCUUCUUCCUGCGCCUGCAGAACCCCAACCUCUACACCGAGACGCUCGCCAAGUACUCGGGGCGCGAGUCGCUGGCCAUCGACGAGAUCGAGAAGGACCUGAACAGGAGCCUGCCAGAGUACCCCGGCUUCCAGAGCGAGGAGGGCAUUGGGCGUCUGCGGAGGGUCUUGACGGCCUACAGUUGGACAAACGAGGAGGUCGGCUACUGCCAGGCCAUGAACAUUGUUGUUGCCGCACUGCUGAUAUACAUGUCCGAGUCGCAGGCCUUCUUCCUGCUCUCUGUGCUGUGUGACCGCCUCCUGCCCGGAUACUACUCGACCACCAUGUACGGCACCCUGCUGGACCAGAAGGUGUUUGAGUCGCUUACCGAGAAGACUAUGCCCAUCCUCUGGGACCACCUGGUCAAGUCGGACGUGCAGUUGUCGGUCGUCUCCCUCCCUUGGUUCCUUUCGCUGUACAUCAACUCGAUGCCUCUCAUUUUUGCAUUCCGUGUUCUAGACGUCUUCUUCCUCGAGGGCCCCAAGGUCCUCUUCCAAAUCGGCCUAGCCAUUCUCCGCAUCAACGGCGAGGAGCUGCUCGACGCUUCCGACGACGGCUCCUUCAUCUCCGUGCUGAAGGGCUACUUUGCAAGACUCGACGAGUCCGCCCAUCCCAAGUCUGAGAAUCCAAAGCUGCGCGCCGUCACGCGCUUCCAGGAGCUCAUGGUUGUUGCGUUCAAGGAGUUUGCGGGCAUCACGCAAAACACCAUCUCGGAGCAACGGGCGAAGCACAAAGACGCUGUUCUCGAGAACAUUGAAAACUUCGCCAAACGCACAUCGAUACGAAACCUGGGCCCAGAGAGCAAGAAAUUGAGCGUCAACGAUCUCGGCUUCUUGUACGACAGGUUCUACGCUAUCCUGUACGAAAGACAGCAGAGGGCGGAGAUUAUGCAGCAAGAAUUGGAGAGAAAAGCGAAGGCUAGCAAGACUAAGGCGUCGGAGAUGGUGGCUGGGUACAGCACGGAGAAGGGGAGAGUCGCGGUCGGGCUGAGUCCAACGCAGAUGGACUACGAUGCUUUCAGGGAGUUUUUAGCCGGAAUCACCAAAUGGGCCAUCACCGACUCUCCAACCACACAACGGGACGCCAAUGGCAGCCAAUCACCCCACUCGUAUUUCGGCAACAGCAUGCGAAACCGCCCGCCAAUGUCGCCGUGGGGCUUUGGUCCCGAACCAGCAGACCACGAGUUCUUGAAACGCCUGUUCCGGCGCUGGGACACGGACAUGACCGACUCACUGUCGUUGCAAAACGUUGUUGCAGGUUUCGCGCACGUCAAAGGCACAAAAGACAUCAUGUCCAACAUCAGCUACUUCUUCGAGCUGUACGACGACGACGGCGAUGGCAGGGUGGACCGCGAGGGUAUACUCCGGAUUUCAGAGGCUCUGCUGUUCUUGUCGAGGAGAGGCGUUCAUGACUUCAGCCCGGCUAGCUCCACCACUGAUGUAGGCGCAGGUGCUAGUCCUGAGCGUGUCAAUCGCGACGAGCAGUUUUUGAGCAGUGUGUCUGCUUUUAUUCGUCGAUGUUUCGAGUACGCUGAUCCGGAUCAUCCGUCGAAUCAGGAUAGUCGCGCGGUCGCCCAGGCCACCGAACAACUCGAUAACUUUGCCAUUGGCGAUGAAGACGAGGAUGAGGAUGAAGACGACGAAGACGAAGAUGAAGACGACGAGGACGAAGAUGAAGAAUCAGAUGAAGAAUCCGAGGAAGAAUCCGAAGAAGAAGAAGACCUCAUCGACUUUGGCGACAAGCCCAAACCCACCACCACGCCCACGCCCACCCCCUCCAAACCCCCACACCGCACCGAAAAAGCAAAAGCCGCAAACCUCGCCCUCGACCCAAACAAACCCCUCCACAUCACCCUCCCCACCUUCCGCAUGGUAAUCCUCGCAGACGAAGUCCUAGAACACUUCUUCGAAGUAGGCUUCUCGUCCAGCUUCCGGCUCGCAGACGAAUCGCUGCCGCCCAGCCACCUCACAACGUUUGCUAGUAUGGCGAACAAGAGCGCGGGGGCUGACGUCGGCGUCGGCGCGGUGGGCGGCGCGGGCGUGGGCGUUGUGCCCCCGGGUAAGGGGCUUAGGGGCAUGCUGGAUAAUAUUGUUAGUGAUGGGAUGAGGGUUGCUGUUGAGGUUAGGCGGAGGUAUGAUGAGGCGCAGAGGGAGCUUGAGGGGCAGGGGAGGGGGGGCGAGGAGCAGGAGCAGGAUGAGGAGGGGGAGGGGGCGGAUGCGGAUCUGCUUGAUGGCGCGGAGACGGCGGGCGUGGAUGGUAUGAAGGGGGAUGUGCCGGAGAGGAGUCUGCUUCCUGCGCAGGGGAGUGUGGGGGGAAGUGUGGAUGGGAGUGGGAAGAGGAGGGUUAGUGGGCAUGUUUUGGAGUUUGAACGGUAGGUUUGUGGGGGGCGUGUUUUGGCGUUUUUGUUGGAGG